UCGAAAUGUGAUUGAUUUUGAAAGUUUUAAAAACGCAACCAUUUUGGAUUAAUUGCUUGUUAUUGAAAAUAUUGGCGUUUUAUAUUUUCAUAUAAUUUCUUCAACAAUAAAAAUUACAACAGUACUGUGUGAUUAAAAUAUGGGAAAGCCUUCAUCGACUCGUUUGUCUGUUAGUUAAUGUUUUGAAAACACAGUAUAUUGGUGUGAUCAGGAACAAGAUUCAGAGCAACCAAUAGUUUCAAAUUCAAUAUAUAAAAUGAACAAUUCAAUAAGAAGAAAAAAAAGUGGUAUUAAAAAGAGAAAAAGCAACAGAAAAACAUUAAACAAUGUUUUUAAAGUGUUCCAACAGUUAAAAGCAGAUAAUGCCUCAAUAAAUAGUUCAUACAGUUCCAUCGCAUCUGUAGAAAAUACUGUAAUAGACUUAGACACAAUAAAAACUCCUAAAAAAAGCAAAAAUGAUACAAGAAACAGUUUAAUAGUCAUAUGUGAUGAUGAUGAGGCAAACGCAACAAAUGUAACAAACCUUAGCCCUCCGAUACAUUCAUCAACACCUAUUCAUAACUCUAAAGUGAAAUUAAAAAAGAACAGUGGUAUUGAAAUACAAAACGUAAAUACAGAUGUCAAUUUAACCAAAGAUAUAAAUCAAAAUUCCUAUUUAACGAUAGAUUUAACUGGAGAAAGUACACAACAGAAUUGUACGAAUAACACAGUAAUAGACUUAGUCAAUCCAUCAGAUAAACGAAAUUUAACAUCAAUUAGUGAUGUCAGUCUAUCAAUGAGCGAUGAUUCCGAUGUAACAGUACUUAAUAUGCAGAAAAACAAACAGAGUAAACAAAUGCAGAAAUAUGUAAAUGGUAUAUCAAAGAUGAAUUGUCAAGAGAGAGGGAAAUUAUUGGAGAUGAUAAUGCAGACUGUUUUCAAUGGAUGUAAUGUACAGCAAAGUCAACGGAGUCUUAAUAUACAGGCACAGAGUACCAGGGCAACAGAAACUGUAGAAGAUGUGUAUAUAAAAGAAGUGAUUCUCGGUCAAUCGAAAUCAAGGAACAGUAUUGGUAGCAACAUAUACAAUCCCGAGGUAGAUUUAAAAAACAGAACGGGAUUACGGAGAAUCAUUAUCGAUGGAAGUAAUGUGGCUAUGCAGCACACAAUGGGAAGAAAGUUUUCCGUGAAAGGUCUACAAAUUUGCAUAGAAUAUUUCUCUAAACGCGGACACGAUGUGACAGCUUUUGUACCACGUUUCAGAUGUAAGUUCGGCAAGAGCACGGAGCCGAGGCUGUUGGACAGCCUGGAGCGGCGCGGGCUGGUGGUCUACACACCCUCCAGAGAGAUACAAGGCAAGAUGAUAGCCUCAUAUGAUGACAGAUACAUAGUGCAGUGCGCGGCCGCGUUCGACGGUGUCAUAGUGUCUUGUGAUAACUACAGAGACUUGCUUUCAGAGAACCCUCGCUGGAGAUUUGUUAUAGAAAACCGUUUAUUACCAUUCACUUGGGUCGGGGACAUGAUUAUGUUCCCCAAAGACCCUUUAGGUAGGAAUGGACCCACUUUAGAACAGUUUUUAAAACAUUAAGGGCCUGUCCCACCAAAUUGUAAAUUGAUAACAAUUGAAUGUGUAAAAUAUGUGAUUGA